AUGUCGAUGUCUAUGCCUCCUCAUGCUUUCCCUUUUUCUUCUAUCACUAAAAAUAGUGAUGAAGGUAAACAAGAAAGGGCAAAUAUGACCCUUGUUUUCGAUAGAUACAAGGAUAGACUCAUUACACUUCCAAAGGAAAAAGGUUGGAUAACCGAGAAUUUAUACAUGUACCAAGGUUUUUGGCAUCAAUCCAUGCGUAGAAUCUCGGUUGAAACCGUGAUGGCGUUACAAGAAACGUUCAAAGCUCAUCCAAGCGAUGUCUACUUGGCCACGCUACCUAAAUCAGGCACGACAUGGCUUAAGGCACUCGUGUUUGCUAUAGUGAAUAGAAACCGAUACAAAAACAAUAACUCUUUUUCGGCUCACCCUUUGCUUCACUCUAGCCCCCAUGAUUGCUUGCCUUUCAUAGAAACCGAAGUUUUUAAAAACACGCCAACAUAUAAUGUUGAUUCAGAUUCACCGCGUCUCUUUGCUACCCACAUACCUUACACUUCAUUACCCAAAUCGAUAAUUGAUUGUGGUUGUAACAUUAUUUAUUUAUGUAGAAAUCCAAAAGAUGUUUUGGUCUCUAUGUUUCACUUUGCAAACAAGCUAAGAGAUGAAUCAUCGUGUAGUCCAAUGACAUUCAACGAUACGUUUGAGCUAUUUAGUAAAGGCGUGAUGCCAACGGGGCCUUAUUGGGACCAUGUGAAAGGGUACUAUAAGGUCAGUUUAGAACACCCGAAAAAUGUUCUGUUUUUGACAUACGAGGCCUUGAGAAAGGAUACCGCGAAUAAUGUGAAACGACUUGCUGAAUUCUUAGGCUUCCCCUUCACCGAGGAGGAAGAGGCUGAAGAUGAGGUGCAAAAAGUUAUAGGAUUAUGUAGUUUUGAACACUUACGUGAAGUUAAUAAGAGUGGGGAUUUACGUGAGGGUAUUCCUAAUGAUGCUUUCUUUAGGGAAGGUAAAGUUGGAGAUUGGACUAAUCAUUUUACUAAUGAAAUGAGCCAAACUAUAGAUUAUAUCACUGAACAAAAAUUUCAUGGCUUGAAUAUAUCUACUUUUAGUCGUAAUUAA